AUGGAGAGGAGAGACUUAUCGAAUGGAACAACGGUGUCGAUGACCCAUAGACAUGAUGUCGAGUCACCACCAGAGGCUGAAUUCGAGGUGUUCUUGAAUUUCAGAGGAGUCGACACCCGCCAUAAUUUUGCCGACUGUCUCUAUCACUCCAUGGACGUAGCUGGAAUUCGUGUAUUCAGAGACGAUGAUGAGAUAAGAAAAGGCGAAACAAUCGGAGGUGAACUGGAGUGUGCAAUCAAGAGCUCCUCAAUUUGUAUACCCAUCUUCUCUAGAAACUACGUGUCGAAUCCUGAUGAUGUCAAGCUCAAAACUGAGCUAUACCACGACGCUCUGCAGAAGCACGAGCAGAAGUUUGACAGCGAUGUCGUGAAGAGAUGGAAGGAAGCUCUGGGGAAGGUUGCUCGGAUGAAAGGAUGGGAUCUCAAAGAUAGAGGGUACCAUGGUGAACUCAUUAGAUCAAUCGUUGCUGAGGUUUUGAACAAGCUGGAUAAAAGAGACAAAAAUCUGCCCGAUCAUUUGGUCGGAAUUCAGGAUUGUGUUGAAGAGGUCAUGCGCUUGUUAGAUGAAGGUUCUCAUGAUGUGCGUUAUCUAGUAAUCCACGGUAUGGGGGGCAUCGGUAAGACGACUCUUGCCAAAGUUGUCUUUAACCAAAUUUAUAGUCGGUUUGAUGGAUGCAGCUUCCUUUCUGAUGUUCGAGAAGCUUCAAAAGCUGGCAAAGUCGUUCAAUUGCAAAAACAAUUAUUGUCAGAUAUUCUCAACUUCAAAGCAAUAGAGAUUUCUGACUCUGAUAAAGGGAUUAACCAGAUUAAAAGGAGACUCCAUCAUAAGAAAAAAAGCAUGAUUGGUUUGGUCUAG